AUGGUGGAGGUGCUGCAGCAUGGUCUCUCUCUGGCUGAGACACCAACAUAUUCAGUUGCCUCAGUUGUUACUGUAAUGGUCUUUGUCAGCUUCUUGGUUGAGCGUUCAAUCUACCGCUUUGGAAAGUGGUUGAAGAAAACAAGAAGGAAGGCACUUUUUGCUUCACUGGAGAAAAUUAAGGAAGAGCUGAUGCUGCUUGGGCUUAUCUCUCUGUUGUUGGCACAAAGCGCAAGGUGGAUCUCUGAAAUUUGUGUAAAUUCAUCACUUUUCAGCAGUCACUUUUAUAUAUGUUCUGAGCAAGACGUUGGCGUGAAUGAGAAUAUCAUGCUUCAAAUCUCGUCCUCUAUCCAUCAUCAGGGAACUACUAUUCCAAAGGGACUAAAUAGUGGUGCAAUCAAUCAAUGUGGAGAGGGCCAUGAACCAUUUGUUUCAUAUGAGGGUCUUGAGCAGCUGCACCGGUUCUUAUUUGUUCUUGGGAUCACUCAUGUUCUGUACAGCUGUCUGGCAGUUGGUUUAGCAAUGAGCAAGAUCUAUAGUUGGCGCAGAUGGGAAAAUCAGGCUACGAUCGCAACCGAUGGAAAUCUGCAAGGAAAGAAAAACAAGGUGAUGAGGCGGCAGACAACCUUUGUUUUCCAUCACACUUCUCAUCCAUGGAGCAGGAAUCCAAUACUAAUAUGGAUGCUCUGUUUUCUACGUCAGUUUAGGAGUUCUAUAAAAAAAUCAGAUUACCUUGCACUCCGUCUGGGUUUCAUCACUGAACACAAAUUGCCGUUGUCAUAUAAUUUUCAUAACUAUAUGGUUCGAAGCAUGGAAGAUGAAUUUCAUGGCAUUCUUGGAAUAAGCUGGCUGCUUUGGAUAUAUGCCAUAGUCUGCAUCUUCGUGAACAUCCAUGGUCUGAAUAUAUACUUCUGGCUCUCAUUUAUCCCUGCAAUUCUUGUCAUGAUAAUAGGGACCAAACUUCAACAUGUUGUAUCCACUUUAGCACUUGAAAUCAUGGAGCAGACAGGUCCAUCUGCUAGGACUCAAGUAAAGCCGCGUGAUGGUCUUUUCUGGUUCAAUAAACCAGAUAUACCGUUAUGGCUGAUACAAUUUGUGAUAUUUCAGAAUGCCUUUGAAAUGGCAACCUUUAUUUGGACAUUGUGGGGACUCCAACAACAAUCGUGCUUCAUGAGAAACCAUUACAUGAUCAUCACUCGGUUAGCAUCAGGUGCUCUUGUUCAGUUCUGGUGUAGCUAUAUGACAGUGCCCCUGAAUGUGAUAGUUUCGCAGAUGGGAUCUCGAUGUAAGAAGGCAUUAGUGUCAGAGAGUGUAAGAGAGUCCCUGCAUAGUUGGUGUAAAAGAGUAAAACAGAAGUCUAAGCAUGAAUCUUUGCACUUACAUACCGCCAGAUCAGUAUGUUCCCUUGAAUCCACAAUUGAUGAGAGGGACGAGAUAACAGUAGUAUCCGGUACUCUAACUCGAAGCACUUCCUUAGAGUCUUUGAAUCAGAUAACAGUAACUUCAGUAGACCAGCUCAAUUUUGAGACUUCCAACAACCCCAAAGAUUCAAUCAAGGUGGCUGAGUAUUUGUCUGAAUCUGUACCACACGUACAUACUAAUUCACCACAACCACCCUACAAUGAUGGUGAAGACCAUAUUGGCAACGGAGAGGAAGCAAAAGUUGAGACUCUUCUUGAUUUGUUUCAGAAGACAUGAUCAAUUUAUGUUUCAUAUCUCUAAGUUUUACUGCAUAACCAAUUGGGAAUUCAGGAACAUAGAUGUACUAAUCAAGAAGUCAUUCUUAAACACUCCGAAGCAUAGAUAUAUAAUUAGUCGAUAAUGAAGAAGCUUGUACUGCAGAUACAAUUAGAUAUCAUCACUCUUUUAAGUGAUAUGAAGUUAUAAACCUCAAAGUAGGGUUAAAAUCUGGCCAUACAAUAUAUCUCAUCCUACCAUUCUGGAAAUCAAAUCCUCAGCAUUAGCAUCAUCAGCUCUUUGCAGGUAAGAAUCAAGUAGGCAUCAUUCAUUGACUCACAGAGGGUGGAAGAGGCAGAGAAAAAUCCAUGCACAAAGCACAAAAAAAAAAAAAAUUGUUUAUAAAUUACUCGGAAAGUCACAAUUCUUAUUCAACACAGAAAAGAGGGAAGGAGGAAAAAGAUUUCCCACAGAAUUAUGUCAAAAAAAAAAAAAAAAAAAAACAGUUAGGAAAACAUCAUUAAAGCUACAAGAAGUUCACUUUUUACUAUAGAUGAAGGAAUUUAUGCAUAAGUUACUCAUUCUGA